AUGGAUAAAGAAGAUGGUUGCUCCAGAUACAUCUGUGGAUCUUGUCUCGACGAUAUCAAUGCUAACAAGACGCCCAUGCUUUCUCUUGCCAAUAACCUCUGGGUCGGAGAGAUCCCUAACGAGCUCGCAAUGCUUACCUUACCAGAGCGUGUACUUGUUGCUCUGUCCUAUCCUGCAGCAUACAUUGUCAAACUUUACCCAAAAAGGCGAGGAGCGCUCAACUGGGAUGCUGCAGGUCUCAACAGUGGACUUCGUGGAAAUGUUUCAACCUAUCGUCUUCAUACAUCGGGCAUUGCGGCUAUGGUUGAAGGAGAUCUACUCCCCCCUAAACCGGUCAUAUUAGCAACUACAAUUGGCAUUUCCAUUGUUGGUCCCAACAACUUUCCGGAGCGAUGUAUGCCUUCUUUCCUGACUGUUAGUCAGUGUCAUCUGUGGAAUGCGUUGCUUUUUCUUAAGCAACAUAAUCCUCUUUAUUGCGAUAUCACCAUUUCAAAAGCCAAUAUUUCACUCUUUCCCAAACAUGGGAUACCCGAAGUUAUUUUGUCUUCUGUUAGACACUUGCCCAACGUCGAAAUGGUUGAUGCUGAACGAGAUAAUUAUGUACCUGAUGAUGACGCUGAAGAUGUGUUUAAUGAAUUGAAUACAGUAUUUCCUACUGGGUGCAAUAUUGAAGAAGAAAGUGUCAUCAAGAACACCGUGCAAUCGAAUGUUUUUCCCAUGCAGUCUCACGGAGUACUGGAUAGUAAUGUGUCAGAAGUGGACGACAAUCAGUUAUUUGCUCAUGCACUUUCCAAUAUGUCUGAACAAUACACAGUACAGCGCGGCAACAGUUUCAUUAACGAAUAUCCUCAACAAUGUGACGAUCAAUCACUGAGUAUCGGCGAUUCUGACAACCCGAAUCACUUGCUCAGAGCUUUUCCCUACCUAUUUCCAUAUGCAACAGGAGGGUUCGAAGUUGAAUGA